AGAAAAAUACUUGUAUCUAAUCUAGUUGGGAAUACAAGCACUUUAUCCGAACGACUGAAUAGAUUUGUGACUUGUGAGCGCCAUAUUCAACUCUUCCCUAUCCUCUCCACUUUCUGCAACACGUUCCCUCUUCUUAUCCGCCAUGAAUGGGCUCUCAACAAGCUUUAAUCUACGGGUCUCGCCUCCCGCUAAUUGCUUUUUUCAAAAACAGGAUUCUGCUCACCGUAUAAGAAAGCCUAAUCGUCUUCUAUGGCGCUCUCCCAAACUUCGUCGGAGCUCUGGCAUCAUUUGCAUGGCUGAACCUUAUCUGAUUACCAAGUUGGAAUCGGCUGAGAAAACCUGGAAGGAAUUGUCAGUAAAGCUUGCUGACCCAGAUGUUGUCUCAAAUACAAGUGAAUACCAAAAGCUGGCACAGUCUAUGGCAGAGCUGGAUGAGGUGGUUUCAACUUACAGAAGAUUUAAGGAAUGUGAGAAGCAAUUAGAAGAUGUAAAAGCAUUAGCUAAAGAGGAUGGUAUGGAUGAGGAUAUGGAACAGAUGAUUGUGAUGGAAGUAGAUUCUUUAACCAAAGAACUUGAACAACUUGAGGAUAGUUUAAAGGUGCUGCUUCUUCCUGCUGAUCCUCUUGAUGCUCGGAACAUACUGCUUGAAGUCAGGGCUGGUACAGGAGGUGACGAGGCUGGAAUCUGGGCUGGUGAUCUUGUGCGCAUGUAUCAGAAGUACAGUGAGAGAAACUCUUGGAAGUUUACACCUAUAUCUUAUUCUGAGGCUGAAAAGGGGGGAUAUAAAACAUUCGUGAUGGAGAUAAAAGGACAACGCGUCUAUAGCAAAUUGAAGUAUGAGUCUGGUGUCCAUCGUGUUCAACGUGUUCCUCUGACAGAAACACAGGGUCGAGUUCACACAUCCACAGCUACUGUAGCAAUCAUGCCUGAGGCUGAUGAAGUCGAGGUGGUUAUUGAUCCCAAAGAUAUUGAACUUACUACAGCAAGAUCUGGAGGUGCUGGAGGUCAGAAUGUAAACAAGGUUGAAACGGCUGUCGAUCUUACCCACAAACCUACAGGAAUCCGCAUUUUCUGUACUGAAGAAAGGACACAACUCAAAAAUAGAAAUCGUGCGAUGCAGUUAUUGCGAGCAAAAUUAUAUGAACUUCAGGUACGCGAGCAGCAAGAGAAGAUAAGGACUCAACGGAAGUUACAGGUUGGCACUGGUGCUCGUUCUGAAAAGAUCCGAACAUAUAAUUACAAGGACAAUAGGGUCACUGACCAUCGAUUAAAAAUGAACUUUGAGCUCACUUCUUUUCUAGAUGGUGAUAUAGAAACAGCGGUUCAGUCCUGUACUACUAUGGAGCAGAAAGAGUUAUUGGAAGAACUUGCUGCUUCAGUAGGUGCAGCAGCAAACUAACCGGAGGACUUUAAUGAUCGCUUUUGUCGUAUCAUCUCGAGUGUAUAAUUGAUGUAGGCUUACUGUGAUAUGAAGCCGUUGUUACAAGCUAAGCGAGAAUCAUCUUUUUAUCGAAAUAUAUUUUUUCAAGUAAAUUUUGGUCGAAAAAAUGAUGCUUGUUCUUUACUGAUAUUGCCCUUUGGCUGUAGUCUUCAUUUUAAUGCUGCUGGUUUUUUUAUUUUCAUUGUAUUUAGACAUUGCACUUACUAUCUUGUAUCUGGAAUUCUGGAUUUAGUUAGCGAAAAUUGACGUUCAACAAACAGAAUGCCAUAACUGUACAAGGUACAGUUUGUUUGGAAUGAUACAGUUGCCUUAUGCAAACAUACAUUUCGGUCGUCUUGAUCAUUAUCCAAAAAGGAAAAAAGUAUUUGAAAAUUUUUUUCAUAAAAAAAAAAUUUUUCAAUUUAAAAACUGUUAAUAAUAAUCAAUCUUUUGGUAUCCUCUAAAAAAUUAUCAUUUCUUUUGCAACUGGUCUUAGAUGCGACCGUCUCAAUAUGAGACGGAUAGCCCAAUCAGUUCAAAAAUAGUUUUCCUCACC